CACUGGCUAGAUGAUCUGACAAGCAGAGGACAGUGAGUAAAGACAUUCCUGCGGAGAGGAGCGGCGCAACUGCUUCCCUUCAUCUGCAGCUGAUGACUGUCCUCCAGGCGUCUGGAGCAAAGGGCUUAGCAGCAGCAAGCCUGCGUGUUUGCUGAGGGGCGCGCCCCAGCUUGUAUGUUGGUCACCUGCGUUUGUUCUUACUCACACGGACCAUGUGGUUUUCUCCAAGGAGAAAUCGUUUUCCCUCGCAGAACUGCCACGGCGCCGGGAAGUGCGCCGGCUUCAGCCUCUCCCUGUGGGCGCUGAGCGUUUGUUGGUGCUUUGCAGCUGUGAAAGGGCAGAACUACCACCCCACUGUGAACACACAGUACGGGAAGCUCAGAGGGGUGAGGGUGCCCCUGCCCAGUGAGAUUUUGGGACCCGUGGACCAGUACCUGGGCGUCCCGUAUGCGGCCCCCCCAGUGGGAGAGAAGCGCUUCAUGCCCCCAGAGCCUCCUUCCUCCUGGUCGGGGAUCAAGAACACCACCCACUUUGCACCUGUGUGCCCCCAAAAUAUUCACAAUGCCGUGCCAGAGAUCAUGAUGCCAAUCUGGUUCACCUUCAACCUGGAUAUUGUUACCACAUACAUACAGGAUCAACACGAGGAUUGUCUGUACCUAAACAUCUAUGUUCCAACAGAGGAUGUCAAAAGAAUAUCCAAGGAAUGUGCGAGGAAACCCAACAAGAAAAUAUGUAGAAAAGGAGGGGUCCAUGCAAAAAAACAGGGCGAGGAGUUAUCGGAAAACAACGGUGAUGAAGACGAAGACAUACGAGACACUGGGGCCAAGCCUGUGAUGGUCUACAUCCACGGAGGAUCUUACAUGGAGGGCACGGGCAACAUGAUAGAUGGGAGCGUCCUGGCCAGCUACGGAAACGUCAUUGUUAUCACUCUCAACUAUCGCGUCGGAGUCCUCGGUUUCCUCAGCACAGGUGACCAGGCGGCAAAAGGAAACUAUGGGCUCCUGGACCAGAUCCAGGCGCUGAGGUGGAUCAGCGAGAACAUUGGCUUCUUUGGAGGAGAUUCAAACCGCAUCACUGUGUUUGGUUCUGGAAUUGGAGCGUCUUGUGUCAGCCUGCUCACCCUGUCCCACCACUCUGAAGGUCUGUUCCACAGAGCUAUCAUUCAGAGUGGGUCGGCCCUUUCCAGCUGGGCGGUGAACUACCAGCCAGUCAAGUAUACUCGUCUUCUGGCAGAGAAGGUGGGCUGUAAUGUCCUGGACACUUCAGAUAUGGUGGACUGUCUGAGGAAAAAGAGCUCCAGGGAGCUGGUGGAGCAGGACAUACAACCCGCGAGAUAUCACGUGGCCUUCGGACCUGUAAUUGAUGGUGACGUUAUCCCGGAUGACCCAGAGAUUCUGAUGGAGCAGGGAGAAUUCCUCAACUAUGAUAUCAUGUUGGGGGUUAACCAGGGUGAAGGGCUACGAUUUGUGGAAAAUGUGGUGGAUUCAGAGGACGGCGUGUCUGGAAACGACUUUGACUUCUCUGUGUCUGAUUUCGUGGACAGUUUGUAUGGGUACCCAGAGGGAAAGGAUACUCUAAGGGAAACCAUUAAGUUCAUGUAUACAGACUGGGCGGACAGGGACAAUCCAGAGACCAGACGGAAGACACUGGUGGCUCUGUUCACCGACCACCAGUGGGUUGAACCAUCGGUGGUUACUGCAGAUCUCCACGCUCGCUAUGGCUCACCAACAUACUUCUACGCCUUCUACCAUCACUGCCAGAGUCUGAUGAAACCCGCAUGGUCAGAUGCCGCCCACGGUGAUGAGGUGCCAUAUGUCUUUGGAAUUCCUAUGAUUGGUCCAACCGACCUUUUCCCAUGUAACUUCUCCAAGAAUGAUGUCAUGCUUAGUGCUGUAGUCAUGACAUAUUGGACCAACUUCGCCAAAACCGGGGAUCCCAAUAAACCAGUUCCUCAAGACACCAAGUUCAUCCACACCAAGGCCAACCGUUUCGAGGAGGUGGCGUGGUCCAAGUACAACCCGCAAGACCAACUGUACCUGCAUAUCGGCCUGAAACCCCGCGUGCGUGACCACUACCGUGCCACCAAAGUGGCCUUCUGGAAACAUCUCGUGCCCCACCUCUACAACCUACACGACAUGUUCCAUUACACAUCCACCACCACCAAAGUGCCACCCCCAGAGACCACACAGAACACCUUGUCUACCAAAAGGCCAUUCAAUACCAAACGCCCCCCCAUGUCACCAGCCUAUAACAGCGAGGAUAAAAGCUCCUGGAAUGAUAAUGAGGAGGCGGGGCCGAUUGUGGUGGAGAACCCGCGGGAUUACUCCACCGAGCUGAGCGUCACCAUCGCCGUGGGAGCCUCACUGCUGUUUCUCAACGUCCUGGCUUUCGCCGCGCUCUACUAUCGCAAGGACAAGCGGCGUCAGGACUCCGGCCACGGGCAGCCCAGCCCUCAGCGCCAGACCACCUCCAACGACAUUGGCCACCACGCGCCCGAGGAGGAGAUCAUGACUCUGCAGAUGAACCAGACCCACCACGAGUGUGAGGCGGGGAACAGCAACGAAGGAGCUCUGCGCUUGACCUCCCUGCCCGACUACACGCUCACCCUGCGACGCUCUCCGGACGACAUUCCCCUCAUGACGCCCAACACCAUAACCAUGAUUCCCAACUCGCUGGUGGGCAUGCCCAACCUGCAUCCAUAUAACACCUUCACGACUGGCUUCAACUCCACUGGCCUACCGCACUCCCACUCAACCACCCGAGUAUAGCUUUAAGGUGUCCAGGGGACAGCAGGUGCAGGCGGCAAGGGGGAGGAGGCGGCGGUGGCAUGUCAGAGGAGGAUGAAGGAGCGGCAGAGAGGAUUGUGUUUUAUAAAUAUCACAGGGAAGGGGAAGAUUGCGAAGGGAGGGGGCGGUGUUGGAUUAAAAUACAUGGAGAUUUCACUGGACUUUUACUAAGUGGAGAAUUACUAAGAACUCUCUGUGGAUGUCAAGUUGUGCAGAGCUGCCAAAAUCAAACUGCUUCCCUUCUACUGACGAGGAGAAGGAGUCUUUCUGCAGUUUUUUUUUCUAAAUGUAAUCAUUUUAAAAGCCUUUUUAAGCAGACUAAGGAGAAAUCAACCCUUCUUUUUUCUUGAAUUCAUAACAGAUAUAAAGAGAAGUGCUUUUUAUUUCCCAUCCCCGCCUCCUGCAGGAGACACAGCUAAAACAAUGGCCUCUUCUUCAAUAUUUGUGAAACGUUUUGAAUUGCUUCUUUGUUUGGUUUUAUGUUUCAAUGCCUUACAGAGCUCGUACUUUUUUGGUAUUCUUUUUUCACUCUUGAAGACUAUUCCACAUGGAACGUGUUAAAAGCCGAUUCGACUCAAACUCGAGAGACAGAAUCCAGAACGGAAAUCCAGAGGUUGUGCAGAUGUAGGAGUUUUAAACUCAAUUUUUGCAACUUUUUCUUUGUUUAUUUUCUGUUGCAACACAACAGACAUGGGAGAGUGGUGGUGUUGUUUUUUUCUUCAGCACUUAUAAAAGUUACUUGUGGUUGACUGCUCUUGCCAAGAGAUGAGACAGAGAUAAAUACUAUGUUGCUAAGAUUGUUUUGUUUAGGUAAAAAGUGCAUCUUUUACAGCCCAUUUAUCUGUUAAGCUAUCGGAUAUUAUCUCCACAAAGUGCACACGCUGCUCGGAGCCCCGGUAGAUGAUUUCUCAUUCGCUGCGUGCGAGGUGCGUUUGAGCCUGAGAUAAAGAGGAGGACAUAUCGCCGGAACUGCGAGCGUGCGCAUCCGGGAGUCCAUUCACCACUUUUUCAUUGGAUUUUAUUUUUUAUUUUUUUUGUUAAUAUCUGGAAUGUGAGUGAUUUUAUGUGGGUGUGUGUUGAGAUUUUUCUUGGGUUUUCCACUAGUAGUGUUUCUGCAUUUUUUAGGUGUCUUUCUUUGCAUCAUAGCACCUUUGUUAUUUUCUAAAUGUCUAAUUUUGCUUAAAGAUUAUGAAAUAAAUCUAUUAUUUUAUGUGUAAGAGAAAAAAAAGUUAAAGAUUCAAUUGAACUAACUGACAUGAUUCCAUCAACUUUGUAAGAGUUUCUCUUCGAAAGCAGACAGUGGCCUGUUUGCACUGACUAAACCUACGUCAGUGCACACUUGUAUUUCUUUGAAUAUAUAUAUAUAAAUAUGGGCAUACAUACAUAUAUGUAUAGGGCUUCUAUGGAGAUAUCAUUCCCACCUACAAAACCAAUUGAAACACUCAAAAAAAGCACCAACAUUAUUUCUAUGUAUUGCUGUUGUCCUUUGAAAUAUAACAAGCCAAGAACACUCAAGGUGUCUUUGUUAGAGCUCUAUAUGUAUAUUUAUGUAUAAAAUAUUUAAUAUUUAUUUAUGUAUACCAGAUGCAUAAAUGCUGAUUGUGCCAUGUGCCAAAAUUGAAAUUGUAAAAAAAAAAAAAAAAAAAAAAAAAAAAAUGGAGAAUAUAAA